GCAGCGGCGCCAGAGGAGGAGGAGCACGAGGAUGCAGCUGCGACCACGGCCCCAAGAGGGAGCCGACACUGCUCUGUGGCCUUGGGGCCCAAGGGACGGGAAUCAGGCCUAGGGUUCGUGCCGCUGAGGGGGCUGAGGGCAGCGGUUCCUCCAAAGGCUCGGGCCUAGUACCCCGGAAGGGUUCGGACCGCUGGGCUAGGGCCUGCCCCUCAUUGCUUCCCCUGGUCCUUCCACGUCAAUGGUGGUGAAAUUGACGGCGCUAGGGAGCGCAAGGCACCAAGCCGUAUCCCUUGCACCCAUCUCCUCUUGUCUCCGGCUUUUGGACACCUGCGCCGCCUCUUCCUCUCGCUCGCCAAGCCCACCCCCAGCAGCGGGCGGGGGAAGGGCAUCCCCCUGCAGGGGCUGCGUCGAGCAGGGCGACGACGCGGAUCAUAGGAGAGUAGGGAUAAUAAAGGUCUACUUCAAACUAGCUUAAAGCAAAAAAGAAGAAGAACAAGAAGGAGAAGAAGAAUCAGCAGCAGUAAGCAACAGCAUUUAUGUUAAGGGGAGAAGCCAAAAGUUUGGAGUUUUCUUCAGAUCAUGCUGUGCCAAUUUGGGCAGAGAAAUCAUGGCCAACAUCUACUUUGUUUAUGAGCCCACUGGACAAUGAGAGGAUGUCUGGAUGCCUGGGGGAAAUGGCUGACUGUAUCUACAAAAGGAGUCAUCCUAUCCAUUUGAUUAUUAAAAUCUUGCUCUGAUAAGGGAUUGUUAACAUCUGAACACACCAAACCAAACAGGCAAACUCUUCCACCAUUGCUACGACAUUUUUUCAAAAAGGAAUGCCACUGUAUGUGGAUUCAAAUCAGGAUAAAAAGGAAAAAUACCUGAUUAGACCUCAGACUACUCACUGAACGGAAUGACGGCUACAGCUGCAGUGGAGACACCAAAAAUGGAGAAGAGUGCCUCCAAGGAAGAAAAGCAGCAGCAGAAGCAGGACAGCACAGAGCAAGGCAAUGCUGAUUCUGAAGAGUGGAUGAGCUCUGACAGUGACCCUGAACAAAUAAUCCUCAAGAGCAGUGAUAAAAACAACAAAAGGAGCCAACCUGAGGAUAGUCAGUUGAAGAAAAAGGAGAUUCCCAGCAAGCCACAUCGUCAGCUGUGUCGAUCACCCUGCCUGGAUCGUGCAAGCUUCUCCCAGAGCAGCAUUUUACAGGAUGGUAAGCUCGACUUAGAGAAGGAAUACCAAGCCAAAAUGGAAUUUGCACUAAAGCUGGGCUAUGCAGAGGAACAGAUUCAAUCAGUGCUAAACAAGCUAGGCCCAGAAUCACUUAUUAAUGAUGUGCUGGCAGAGCUUGUCAGACUUGGUAACAAAGGUGAUUCAGAAGGGCAGAUCAACUUAAGUCUGUUAGUGCCUCGUGGUCCCAACUUCAGAGAGAUUGCAAGCCCUGAAUUGUCUCUUGAAGAAGACAUAGAUAACAGUGACAAUUUGAGGCCAGUUGUCAUUGAUGGAAGUAAUGUGGCAAUGAGUCAUGGGAAUAAAGAAGAAUUCUCAUGCAGAGGAAUACAACUUGCUGUGGAUUGGUUUCUAGAUAAAGGGCAUAAAGAUAUUACUGUAUUUGUGCCUGCAUGGAGAAAGGAGCAAUCCCGCCCUGAUGCACCAAUUACAGAUCAAGAUAUUCUACGUAAACUGGAGAAAGAAAAGAUUCUUGUCUUCACGCCAUCUCGAAGAGUCCAGGGCAGGAGAGUUGUCUGCUAUGAUGAUCGGUUCAUAGUGAAACUGGCUUUUGAUUCUGAUGGCAUCAUUGUAUCUAAUGAUAACUAUCGAGACCUUCAAGUUGAAAAGCCAGAAUGGAAGAAGUUUAUUGAGGAGCGGUUGCUGAUGUAUUCUUUUGUGAAUGACAAAUUUAUGCCUCCAGAUGAUCCUUUAGGACGCCAUGGCCCAAGCCUUGAAAAUUUCUUAAGAAAGAGACCUGUUGUUCCUGAGCAUAAGAAACAACCAUGUCCUUAUGGCAAAAAAUGUACCUAUGGCCACAAAUGCAAAUACUACCAUCCAGAGCGGGCCAACCAACCCCAACGUUCAGUGGCUGAUGAGCUCCGCAUCAGUGCCAAACUGUCCACAGUGAAAACCAUGAGUGAAGGCACCCUAGCCAAGUGUGGCACAGGGAUGUCUAAUGCCAAAGGUGAGAUAACCUCAGAGGUCAAAUGUGUGGCUCCCAAGCACCAAUCAGAUCCCAGCAUCCGGUCUGUGGCUGUGGAGCCUGAGGAAUGGCUGCCCAUUGCCCGUAAGCCUGAGGCCAGCUCUGUCCCUUCGCUUGUGACUGCCCUAAGUGUCCCCACAAUCCCACCUUCCAAAAGCCAUGCAGUGGGUGCACUCAACACCCGAUCAGCCAGCAGCCCAGUGCCAGGAUCCUCCCAUUUCCCCCACCAGAAGGCCUCAUUAGAGCACCUGGCCAGUAUGCAGUACCCUCCCAUCCUGGUUACCAACAGCCAUGGGAACCCUAUUAGCUAUGCUGAGCAAUAUCCAAAGUUUGAAUCUAUGGGAAACCAUGGCUACUAUUCAAUGUUAGGUGACUUCUCCAAACUAAACAUCAACAGCAUGCAUAAUCGAGAGUACUACAUGGCUGAAGCAGACCGGGGGUUGUAUACCCGGAAUCCCAACCUCUGUCCUGACAGCCGAAUGAGCCAUACCAGAAAUGACAACUAUUCCUCCUACAACAACUUAUAUUUGGCUGUAGCUGAUGCCCAUCCUGAAGGCAGUUUGAAGCUGCACCGCUCAGCAUCUCAGAACCGUCUUCAGCCUUUUCCUCAUGGUUACCAUGAAGCCUUAACACAAGUGCAGAGCUAUGGCCCAGAGGAUUCUAAACAAGCUCCCCACAAACAGUCAGUCUCCCACUUAGCUCUGCAUGCCCAGCACCCAGGAACCGGAGCACGUUCCAGUUGUCCUGGAGACUACCCAAUGCCUCCCAAUGUCCAUCCUGGGGCAACCCCCCAGCCAGGCCGUGCCCUGGUGAUGACUCGGAUGGAUAGCAUUUCUGACUCACGCCUCUAUGAGAACAACCCCAUGAGGCAAAGACGACCUCCUCUGUGUCGAGAACAGCAUGCCAGCUGGGACCCACUGCCCUGUGCAACUGACUCCUAUGGCUACCACUCCUACCCAUUGAGUAACAGCCUCAUGCAACCAUGUUAUGAGCCAGUCAUGGUAAGGAGCAUGCCUGAAAAGAUGGAGCAGCUUUGGAGGAAUCCUUGGUUUGGAAUGUGCAAUGAUUCUAGGGAGCAUAUGAUGCCAGAGCACCAGUAUCAGACUUACAAGAACCUCUGCAAUAUUUUCCCUUCUAAUAUUGUCCUUGCAGUGAUGGAGAAGAAUCCCCACACAGCAGAUGCCCAGCAACUGGCAGCCUUGAUUGUUGCUAAGCUUAGGGCUGCACGUUGACAUGAUAUAAGACUUAU